GCUAGAGAGAAAGACUUGGUGAAAAAAUGGAGGCCAUCCUCACAUCCGCAGCUCGCCAGCUGACUACCUUCCACUCCUCGUCUUCUUCCUCCUCACUCCCUCUCAAAUUCUCUUCCUCCAUCGCUCCGGCUCUCCGGCACACCCGAAAGAAGGCGGUCGCCGCUGGACGGCGGAACCCGGCAGCCCCGCUCCGAGUCCGCGCCAGCUCCCAGGCCGCCCCUGCCUCCGCUGAGGCCGCCAAGGCCGCCGGAGCGCCGGGCGAGAUGAAGGCGUGGGUGUACGGCGAGUACGGCGGGGUUGAUGUGCUCAAGUUCGACCCGAAGGUGUCGGUGCCGGAGUUGAAGGAGGAUCAGGUGCUGAUCAAGGUGGUCGCCGCCGCGCUCAACCCGGUCGACGCCAAGAGGAGGCAGGGCAAGUUCAAGGCCACCGAUUCUCCUCUCCCGACUGUUCCAGGCUACGAUGUCGCUGGCGUGGUGGUAAAAGUCGGGAGCCAGGUAAAGGAACUAAAGGAAGGCAAUGAGGUAUACGGGAACAUAAACGAGAAGGCCUUGGAAGGCCCUAAGCAGUUCGGUUCAUUUGCGGAGUAUACCGCGGUGGAAGAGAAGUUACUGGCUCUCAAACCGAAGAACAUCGAUUUUGCUCAGGCUGCUGGGCUUCCUCUCGCCAUCGAGACAGCCUAUGAGGGUCUGGAGAGGACUGGGUUCUCUGCUGGUAAAUCGAUUCUUGUUUUAGGCAGUGCAGGUGGAGUUGGAAGUCUCGUCAUCCAGCUAGCAAAGCAUGUAUUCGGUGCUUCAAGAGUAGCAGCCACUUCAAGCACUGGAAAGUUGGAAUUCUUGAAAAGCUUGGGUGCUGAUUUGGCGAUUGAUUACACAAAAGAAAACUUCGAAGACCUCCCAGAAAAUUUUGAUGUAGUCUAUGAUGCUGUUGGUCAAUGCGACAGGGCAGUCAAAGUUAUAAAAGAGGGAGGGAUCGUGGUGGCCCUAACCGGCGCCGUGGUACCGCCGGGUUUCAGAUUCGUAGUCACUUCCAACGGAGAGGUCCUGAAGAAGCUGAACCCAUACAUCGAAAGCGGGAAGGUGAAGCCAAUAGUCGACCCCAAGGGACCCUUCCCAUUUUCUCAGGUUGCCGAGGCCUUCUCCUACGUCGAGACGAACAGAGCAAGUGGGAAGGUAGUGAUACACCCCAUUCCAUGAGAAGGAACACACAUAGCUAAUGGAUAAUUUUGUAUCACAAUCAUCCCGCUGAAUGACUACUGUCAUUCGCGACAAACAAUGCACUCUACAAAUAGAACAUCAAGAGGGUGAAGUCCUUUUGUAUACGA